GCCAGUUAGAGAGAGAGAGAGAGAGAAACUGCCUGCUCAUCACUUUCCCUUGGCCCCUCUCCCCACCUUUCUAUCUAUCUAUAUAUCCGCCACCCCUUAUCUUUCUCUUGCCUCUUCUCAUCCUGCCGAUCUUUGUCUCUUCUCUUCCCUUCUCUCUCUCUCUCUCUUUGUUCAUCUCUCUCCAGUGGCCUCGAAUCGAUCGAUCUGCGUCUGAAAUUAGUUUAGUUAGUUUAUUAUUCUUUUGCUGCUGUUUAUGUGCAGCUAGCCUCACAAAUCUAAUUAUAUAUUUAAGAGAUAGCUAGCUAAAGGGAUCGACAGAGGUUAGAGCGAUUUGCUGCUAUUCUUUGCUGCUUGGUUGAUCGAUCGAUCGAGGAUGUGCACCAGAGGCCACUGGAGGCCGUCGGAGGACGAGAGGCUCAAGGAGCUCGUCGCGCGGUACGGGCCGCACAACUGGAACGCCAUCGCCGAGAAGCUCCAGGGCCGAUCAGGGAAGAGCUGCAGGCUGAGGUGGUUCAACCAGCUGGACCCGAGGAUCAACCGGAGCCCCUUCUCGGAGGAGGAGGAGGAGCUGCUCCUGGCCUCGCACCGCGUCCACGGCAACCGGUGGGCCGUCAUCGCCAGGCUCUUCCCGGGCCGCACCGACAACGCCGUCAAGAACCACUGGCAUGUGAUCAUGGCCCGCCGGUGCAGGGAGCGGAUGAGGCUGUCGUCCAACAGACGUGCCACGCCCGCCGCCGCCGCCUCCACCACCACGGCCGGUGCCGAGAAAGACGAUAGCCCUAGGAACACCGCCGCCGGCGAGAAGCCGAGACUUCCGCAGGCGAAUACCAUGGCCGCCUUGCUCCACAAGUACCGCAGAGAAUUUGCUGCCCCCUUCGCGAUCAGCCAUCACAGUAGCAAGGAGGGUUACUGCUCAUACACGAAUGAAGAUACGAAUAGAUCGGUGGAGUUCUACGAUUUCCUCCAGGUGAACGUGAGCUCGAGCGACACCAAGUGCGGCUCGAGCAUCGAGGAGAACCGGGACGACGACGACGAUCAGCAAGCCGAAGGGCAGGUGUCGCUCAUAGAUUUCAUGGAGCUUGUAAUGCUUUGUGAGGAGGCCGGCCGGGGCAUGCUACAUCUGUAGCAAUCUAACACCAAAUAUACUUAUAGAGGAAGCUAAGCAAAAUGCAAACGUAUAUAUAUGACAUGCACAUGUAAUUUAUUGAUGUACGCACACAUGCAUGUAUAUGCCCGCCCAUGCAGAGUUCUUCUUGAGAUAUGGAGAACGAGGCUUUUCUCUCAUCAUUUGUAAAUUUAAUUAAUAAUAAACAUUUUUUGUUCUCAUUUAAUAUGUUUAAUUAUUGGUUAUUCUGGGUUU